CCAGUGAGGCAGGUGGUCCAGGUCCGUCUCCUCCCAGCCUGGCUCAGUCUCCUCCAGGGUGACGUGUGUGUCUAUAACUGUGUGUGUGUGUGUGUGUGUGUGUGUGUGUAACUGUGUGUGUGUGUGUGUGUGUGUAUCUGUGUGUGUGUAGAAUCAGUGAGGCAGGUGGUCCAGGUCCGUCUCCUCCCAGCCUGGCUCAGUCUCCUCCAGGGUGACGUGUGUGUGUGUGUCUAACUGUGUGUGUGUGUGUGUGUGUGUAUAACUGUGUGUGUGUGUAUAACUGUGUGUGUGUAGAACCAGUGAGGCAGGUGGUCCAGGCCCGUCUCCUCCCAGCCUGGCUCAGUCUUCUCCAGGGUGAUGUGUGUGUAUAACUGUGUGUGUGUGUGUGUGUGUGUAUAACUGUGUGUGUGUGUGUGUGUGUGUAUAACUGUGUGUGUGUGUGUGUGUGUGUGUGUAUCUGUGUGUGUGUAGAACCAGUGAGGCAGGUGGUCCAGGUCCGUCUCCUCCCAGCCUGGCUCAGUCUCCUCCAGGGUGACGUGUGUGUCUAUAACUGUGUGUGUGUGUGUGUGUGUAACUGUGUGUGUGUGUGUGUGUGUGUAUCUGUGUGUGUGUAGAAUCAGUGAGGCAGGUGGUCCAGGUCCGUCUCCUCCCAGCCUGGCUCAGUCUCCUCCAGGGUGACGUGUGUGUGUGUGUCUAACUGUGUGUGUGUGUGUGUGUGUGUAUAACUGUGUGUGUGUGUAUAACUGUGUGUGUGUAGAACCAGUGAGGCAGGUGGUUCAGGUCCGUCUCCUCCCAGCCUGGCUCAGUCUUCUCCAGGGUGAUGUGUUGGAGCUGUUACACAAACUGGAUGUAGAGAACUGUUCUCAGACGGCCCUGGACACACUGACCGCUCUGCUCACACACACACCUCAGGACCAGCCGCUACAGCACUGUCUACAGCUGGACAACAGGUACACACACACACACACACACACACACACACACACACUGACCGCUCUGUACACACACACACCUCAGGACCAGCCGCUACAGCACUGUCUCCAGCUGGACAACAGGUACACACACACACACACACACUCACACACACACACACACACACUGACCGCUCUGUACACACACACACCUCAGGACCAGCCGCUACAGCACUGUCUCCAGCUGGACAACAGGUACACACACACACACACACACACACACACACACACACACACACACUGACCUGGACACACACACACACACACACACACACACACUGACCGCUCUGUUCACACACACACCUCAGGACCAGCCGCUACAGCACUGUCUUCAGCUGGACAACAGGUACACACACACACACACACACACACACACACUGACGGCUCUGUUCACACACACACCUCAGGACCAGCCGCUACAGCACUGUCUUCAGCUGGACAACAGGUACACACACACACACACACACACACACACACACACACACACACACUGACCGCUCUGUUCACACACACACCUCAGGACCAGCCGCUACAGCACUGUCUUCAGCUGGACAACAGGUACACACACACACACACACACACACCACACACACACACUGACCGCUCUGUACACACACACACCUCAGGACCAGCCGCUACAGCACUGUCUUCAGCUGGACAACAGGUACACACACACACACACACUGACCGCUCUGUACACACACACACACACACACUGACCUGGACACACACACACACACACACACACACACACACUGACGGCUCUGUACACCACACACACCUCAGGACCAGCUGCUACAGCACUGUCUUCAGUCUGGACAACAGGUACACACACACACACACACACACACACACACACACACACCACACACACACACACACACUGACCGCUCUGUACACACACACACCUCAGGACCAGCUGCUGCAGCACUGUCUUCAGCUGGACAACAGGUACACACACACACACACACACACACACACACACACACACACACACACACACACACACUGACCUGGACACACACACACACACACACACACACACACCCACACCCACCUGCCUCUCACACAACACACACACCCCCUCUCCACACCACACAACACACUGACCUGUACACCACACACACACACAGCACACACACACUGACCACCCUGCUCUCUCUCACACCACACACACACCACUGACACACCUCUACACCUGCUCUCACUCCACAACACCGACGCUCCCCACACACACACACACUGACCACCCUGCUCUCUCUCACACACACACACCUGACCACCCUGCUCUUCACACACACAGUCAACACACACACUACACCCUACCCACCACCCUCCUCCACCCACACACACACACUGACCCCCUGCUCUCUCUCACACACACACACACGACACCCUGCUUCACACAACCCACUGCCUCCCUGCUCCUACACACACACACACACACACACUGACCACCCUGCUCUCUCUCUCUCACACACACACACACACACUGACCACCCUGCUCUCUCUCUCACACACACACACACACACACACUGACCACCCUUCUCUCUCACACACACACACACACACCACACACACACUGACCACCCCUGCUCUCUCACACACACACACACACUGACCACCCUGCUCUCUCACACACACACACUGACCUGUACAUACACACACACACACCCUGACCUGUACACACACACACACACACACAUACACACACCCUGACCUGUCCACCCUGUGUGUGUCUCUGCAGGAUGCUGGUCCCGGCUGAGUCUCUGUCCUGUGAGAGGGUGUUGUACUGGAGAGCUCUGUGUGAGUUCAUUAAGGCUAAAGGUGAUGAAGGGGAAGAGAUGCUGGAACAGCUGCUGCCAGAGGCUGCUCUCUUCGCUGAAUACCUCUAC